ACCCGGAAGUAAUAGUUUUCUGUCACAUGUGGAGAGGAUUUCUUAACUGCGAGAGAAACGUGCUCGUUUGUUGUGAACGACAUCACGCCAACUUUUUUUGUUGUUGUUUUGUUUCUCCCCCAAACUGCUUUCUCGAGACGACCAAUGACACGAUGGAAAAUCUAGAACUGAGCUUGUCAACACUGGCAACGAUAUGUAGCCAUAUUGACGAAAGUCACAGCGGUCUAAGCCAGUUCCUCUCAAAACAGACUUGGAGUCAGCAGGACAGACGCGGUAUUCUGGAGUGCCUGGCCCAGCUGCUGCUGGAGAAGGAUUAUGCGUUGCUCAUCGCAAGACACUCGCGAGCCCUUGUUCUGGACUUACUGGAGCGGAAUGCGGAGAGGGUUAAGGCAAACGGCAAGAUCAACCACGAUCUCCACGAGCGCCUCUGUGUGGCCCUCAGCAAACUUCUUUGCAUUAGCCCCGAUGCUCAGGCGUUUUCUGCAAGGUACUUCAAUGAUACACCUCCAGUGUUUCAGAGACUCUUCUUUACCAGUGAAGAGGCAUCGACUGUUCAGUAUGGUCCUAGACGAAUGAAACUGCGUGACCUCAUGGCUGCAACCCUUCGCUUCCUCAAGAGUGACUGUGCCAAGUUUGAAAAGCUCUGGGAUUGGAGUCCAUGUGUUUCCCAAUUGCUCAUGAGCGACGUCAUGGUUCGGGGGUACACUGCUCAUUGUUUAGCACUGGUCUCUCAUAUGACUGAUAAUCAGAAAACCAUCUUUUUGAGUAAGGUUCUGACAAGUGAUGAGAUUCUGCAAAUGAAAAUCAGAGCUUUUGAAGAAGUUCAGCAGAUGGAGGUAGAAAAAGCCUUGGUGUUAGCCAAUGAAGGAUCAGCCUUAUGGCGCAAGGAAAAUAAGUACACCCAGGGCCAGUUUGCAUCCGAGGACUUGUCUCAGAAUGUUGUGUCAAUCUGUGGCAUUGUGCUGUCUCGAAAUACUCCAAAACAGACUGAACAGGUUAAUGAAAGGGACAUGGUGCUGGUCAACUCAACCUGCCUCAGUUUGAAAAGACUGGCAUUGGCUGUGGCUUCACAGAAGCCUGUGCUCCUUGAGGGGCCUAUCGGAUGUGGUAAAACUGCUCUGGUGGAGUUUAUGGCUGGCGCUACCGGUCACACAAAAACUACAAAGAUUCUAAAGGUCCAACUUGGGGAUCAAACUGACAGUAAGCUACUGCUUGGGAUGUACCGUUGCACUGAUAUACCAGGAAAGUUCAUAUGGCAGCCAGGAACCCUGACAGAAGCCGUCUCGAAAGGACUGUGGAUUUUGUUGGAAGACAUUGAUCAUGCACCACUAGAUGUGAUCUCUGUGCUCCUUCCAUUGAUGGAGAAUAAAACAUUAAUGAUUCCAGGACGGGAGGAUUGCAUUGACAUAUCUCCAGGAUUUCAGUUCUUUGCAACAAGAAGGAUCAAUUGCAGUGGUGGCAGUUGGCACAAACCACCAAAUUCCAAUGCAGCUUUGCUGGAUAAGUACUGGACCAAGCUGGAGAUUGGUAACAUGACAAGGAAAGAAUUGAAGACGGUGGUUAUUAGGAAGUAUCCAGCUCUGACAAUGGUGGCAGAUCGUCUAUUGGAUAUCUACUGUCAUCUUACUGGGGAAAGGCAUUCAGACCUGUCAUGCGACCGAAGCCCAAAUGAAAACCAACAGUACAAAUCUGAGGAGAGUCCCACUCAGCUGGAGGGGAGAGCUUUGUCCUUAAGAGAUUUGCUGAAAUGGUGCGAGAGGGUCAGCGUCAACUUCAACAGCACUUCUUCAACCACUGCACAUCAUGUGUUUCAAGAGGCUCUUGACUGCUUCACAGCAAUGAUGUCUCACCCUGAAAGCCAACUGCGGAUGGCUGAGAUUAUUGGAAGCAAGCUCAAUAUCUCCAAAGAAAAGGUGCAGCACUUCUGCCAGAUGUAUCAGCCCGCCAUCUCGUUGACCGAGUACGAGGCCUCGGUUGGCAGAGUGACUCUCGUCCGAAAGCAGACUGAAACAGUUCACCUGAGUAUUGAUCACCAGACCUUUGCCGCCACUCGACCAGCUGCCGUUCUACUGGAGCGACUGGCCGUUUGUAUUGCUAAACAGGAGCCUGUUCUAUUAGUGGGAGAGACCGGGACUGGAAAAACCACAACUGUGCAACACCUCGCCAGAGUUACAGGACAUAGGUUGCUGGUUGUAAACAUGAACCAACAGAGUGACACUGCUGACCUCCUUGGCGGGUACAAGCCAGUAGACCACAAGCAGAUCCUACUCCCCCUGCGGGAGGCCUUUGAGGACCUGUUCUCCCAGACUUACUCCAGGAAGCAAAACUUAACAUUUCUAGGUCAUGUGCAGACAUGCUUCAGGGAGAAACGUUGGCACGACCUACUCAAGCUCAUGGACCAUGUCUGCAAAUCUUUCCUCACUAAAGAGUUGCAAGAGAACUUAAAUGCUGCCUUACUGCAGGAGAAGUGGGAUUUUAUGGCAAGAAAACUCAGUCAGACUCGGCAGCAGAUUCGAGCCUGUGAGACAGCCAUGAUCUUUGCUUUUGUUGAGGGAACCUUAGCCAAGGCAGUGAAGAAGGGCUACUGGAUCUUGCUCGAUGAGAUAAAUCUAGCAGCAGCAGAGACUCUAGAGUGUUUGAGUGGACUGCUAGAGAGCGGUGCUGGAUCCCUUGUGCUGUUGGACCGUGGAGAUUUUGCUGCCCUCGUUCGACACCCAGACUUCAGACUAUUUGCUUGCAUGAACCCAGCUACUGAUGUGGGUAAAAGAAACCUGCCUCUUGGCCUCAGGAACAGGUUUACUGAGCUGUAUGUAGAGGAGCUGGACAAUGAGGGUGACUUGCGAAUAUUGGUUUCAGACUACCUCAAAAACCUGAAUCUUCCCAGGAGCGUGAUCGACGGAAUCAUAAGAUUUUACCUGGCAGUAAGAAAGGAGGCCACCUCACACCUUGUGGAUGGGACAGGCAACAGACCCCACUACAGCCUGCGCACACUAUGUAGGGCGCUGAAGUAUGUGGCAGCAAACCCCUGCAGAGUUGUGCAGCGCUCACUUUACGAGGGUUUCUGCCUGAGCUUUCUAACUCAGCUCGACAGGAUGUCUCAUCCCAUGGUCCAGAAACUGGUUUGUCAGCACGUCCUGAAAGGAAACACCAAAUGUCUCAAUCAACCUAUUGCUGCUCCCUUAGGCCAACCUUGUUUGGCGGUUGAGGGCUACUGGGUGUCUCAGGGAGAGUUGGAGCCAACUCUGGAUCCCAGCUACAUUCUCACAGCCUCGGUCAAACUCAACCUACGAGACCUUGCUAGAGUGGUAUCUGCGGGAACUCAUCCGGUGCUGAUCCAGGGGGAAACUUCUGUUGGGAAGACUAGUCUAAUCCACUGGCUGGCUACAGCGACCGGGAACCAGUGUGUUAGAAUCAAUAACCACGAGCACACAGACAUCCAGGAGUACAUAGGAUGCUACUCCUCGAACGACAAGGGCAAACUGGUCUUCGCAGAGGGGAUUUUGAUCGAUGCCAUGAGGAAAGGUUACUGGAUCAUCCUUGAUGAAUUGAACCUGGCCCCUACUGAUGUUCUCGAAGCCCUCAACAGACUGCUAGAUGACAACAGGGAGCUUUUUGUAGUUGAGACACAGGAAGUCAUCAAGGCUCACCCAAGAUUCAUGCUGUUUGCUACUCAGAACCCCCCCGGUCUCUAUGGGGGUAGAAAGGUUCUCUCCAGGGCAUUCAGGAACCGCUUUGUGGAGCUGCACUUUGAUGAGCUACCUAGCAAAGAGCUGGAGACCAUCCUCCAUGAGAGGUGCAACAUGCCUCUAUCGUACUGCGCCAAACUAGUUCGAGUCAUGACAGAUCUCCAGUCACGGCGCAGAGGCUCCUCUGUGUUUGCAGGCAAACAUGGCUUCAUUACCCUCAGGGAUUUGUUCCGCUGGGCAGAGCGCUACAGAAUGGAAGAGCAGACUGAAGCCUCUCACGACUGGCUUCAGCAUUUGGCUGAUGACGGGUACAUGUUGCUGGCAGGACGUGUUAGAAAGCCUGAGGAGGAGGCCACCAUCCUGUCCAUCCUGGAGAGGCACUUUAAGAGGACUGUGAACCCAGAAAACCUGUUCUCUCAGAAACUGGUCAACAACGAGUUUAGUCCCUUAGUUGAUAGCACUGCUGGAGUUCCAGAGGAUUUUCACCAUGUGGUAUGGACCCGCAGCAUGAGGAGGCUAGCCGUGCUAGUCGGACGAGCGCUUCGAUUUGGGGAGUCUGUGCUGCUCGUCGGUGACACUGGGUGCGGAAAGACGACAAUCUGCCAGCUGUUUGCUGCCUUGGCUGGGAAGAAGCUUUUCUAUGUCACCUGCCACCUACACAUGGAAACAACUGACUUUCUCGGCGGACUGCGACCUGUCAGACAUUCCCCUCAGGCUGACGGUGACGAAUGUGAGCUCUUUCAUUGGCAUGAUGGGCCCUUGGUUUUGGCCAUGAAAAAGGGUGGAGUGUUCCUCAUGGAUGAGAUCUCCUUGGCAGAUGACUCUGUUCUUGAGAGACUAAACAGUGUUUUAGAGAUGGAGAAGUCACUUGUUCUGGCGGAGAAAGGCAGUGGUGACGACAAUGAUGUGGAGCUGAUCAGAGCUGCUGAAGGUUUCCGUUUGGUUGCCACUAUGAACCCUGGAGGAGACUUUGGAAAGAAGGAGCUUUCUCCUGCCCUCAGAAACCGCUUCACAGAGAUCUGGUGUCCACAAAGCAAUGACCGUACUGACCUUUAUCAGAUCAUCCAACACAAUCUACGUCCUGGCCUAUCACUAGAUGGUGGUGAUAUUGCAGACCUGAUCCUGGAUUUCAUAGAGUGGCUGACCCUUCAGGAUUUUGGCCGCCACUGCAUCCUCAGUGUCAGAGACAUUCUUUCAUGGGUGAACUACCUCAACGUUGUGUGUAAGCGGGAUGACAAUGAAGGUGGUGCAGACUGGGACCUUAAACAGGACACUGUUCAAGCUAUCAUCCACGCUGCAUGUCUGGUUUAUAUUGAUGGGAUUGGUUCAGGAACCACUGUGUCCAGUUCCAACAACGCUACCAUGGCACGCAAGAUGUGCUUGGGCUUCUUGCACAAGCGACUGAGCAAAAUGACUAAACCUGAUCAGGAGACACUUGAUGCACUCAGGAUCUAUGACACCAGCCUUCUUCGAGCACCUCAGUGGGGCAAAGACUUCUUUGGCAUCAACCCCUUCUACGUUCCUUUAGGUCCUCUGACUGAGAGCAAUAACCUGUCUGACUACACGAUUACAGCAGGCACUGCGGCAAUGAAUGCCCAGAGGCUUUUGCGGGCAUUGAAACUUCGGAAGCCUGUGCUGCUGGAGGGAUCACCUGGUGUGGGGAAGACUAGUCUCGUAUCUGCACUGGCGAAAGCUUCAGGGAACCAUCUUGUCAGAAUCAAUUUGUCAGAGCAAACUGAUGUUCCAGACUUGUUUGGGGCGGAUCUACCCGUAGAGGGAGGGAAGGGAGGAGAGUUUGCAUGGCGUGAUGGUCCACUUUUGGCUGCUUUGAAGAAAGGCCAUUGGGUUCUCCUAGAUGAGCUGAACCUGGCAUCACAGUCAGUGUUGGAAGGACUGAAUGCCUGCUUUGAUCACAGAGCAGAAAUCUUCAUUGCUGAGCUGGGCAUGACCUUCCAAGUUCAGCAAGACAAGACCAAGAUUUUUGGCUGUCAGAACCCAUACACCCAAGGUGGUGGCCGUAAGGGGCUUCCCAAAUCCUUCCUUAACAGAUUCACACAGAUGUUUGUGGACCAGCUCACCAGCAAGGACAUGGAGUUCAUAGGAGUUUCCCAUUUUCCAGCCAUUGAUAAAGAAAUCAUUUCUAGAAUGGUGCAGUUCAGUGACAGACUUUUCCGGGAGGUGAGUGUUGAACGGCGCUGGGGUCAAAAAGGAAGCCCCUGGGAAUUCAACCUGCGUGACAUAUUCCGCUGGUGUCAGCUAAUGCAGGCAGACCACUCGCCGGGAUUUUUCAGCCCUGGCCAACAUGUGGCUUUGGUGUACGCGGACAAGAUGAGAACAGAAGCCGACAAGGCACAGGUGCUGACUGUGUUCAGGAAAGUGUUUGGGGAAGACGUUGAGCCUUACGUGGGUUCGGGACAAUUUCAUAUCACUCCACUCAGCUUACAGGUGGGCUUCUCUGUCCUGCAGCGUAGCGGUGGAGCCCCUGCGGGCUUAGAUCCCCCACUCUCCAUCACACACCGAGCCUUGCGGCCGCUCGAGUCCCUGAUGAAAUGCGUUGAGAUGAACUGGAUGACCAUACUGGUUGGGCCAACAGGCAGUGGAAAGACCAGCCUGGUGAGACUGCUUGCUCUCUUGUCAGGAAACCGCCUCAGGGUCAUGGCCAUGAACAGUGCCAUGGACACCACAGAGUUGCUGGGAGGCUUUGAGCAGGUGGAUAUCAUGCGUCCUUGGCAACAUGUUCUUCGAAGUGUGUACUACUUGGUUGCCAUGGUAACACGGCGUGGCUUGAUGUCACUGGAUGUAGUAGGCCUUCAUGACACGGAGUUUCUGCUCCAGACGUGGGGUCUGUUUUGCCAGUGGCUAAGGGACGAGAAGCUGGAAAGCUCUGUCAGAACGUUGAGCUCUGAGGCGCUAGACAAACUGGAAGUCAUCAUCCUCCUCUUGCAAAAACUGAACACAAAGCUCAAAGUGUUCACAGACAUGUCAAAACUGAAACUGGACUUCAUGCUACUGAAGGAGCAAAUGUCCCAGCAGGAGGAUGGCUGGACUAAUGGAGGAUUUGAGUGGUUAGAUGGAAUGCUAAUACAAGCCCUGCACGCAGGUGACUGGUUGCUCAUGGACAAUGUUAACUUCUGCAGUGCCUCUGUUUUGGAUCGCCUCAAUGCCCUGCUGGAACCUGGUGGAUCGCUCACUAUUAAUGAACGUGGAGUCAUAGAUGGGAAGACCCCAAUAAUUACGCCACACCCUAACUUCAGGUUGUUCCUGACAAUGGACCCUGUGCACGGGGAGCUCUCCAGGGCCAUGAGGAACAGAGGGGUAGAGAUUUACAUCCCUGGGGAAAAUGACGGAAUCUCCUGGGACACGCUGGAUUUGAAAACAUUGCUUCGCACUGCAGGAGUGACUGGUGAUUGUGUGUGUAAUUUGCUGAUUGAAAUCCACAAAAGCAUCAAAUCUGCCAUCUGGGAUUCCCCUGUGUCAUCGGUGGCCUCAAUGUUCCAUGCUGCCACUCUACUGUACUGCCAGCUGCAGAGAGGUGUGGAUUUGCCCAGUGCGCUGCAGCAUGCCUGUCAAGAGGCUUACUCCUUCAGUCAGCACACCGCUGCCAGCCAAAAGCUCGCCCAGCAAGUGAUUGAGCAGCACCUGGCUAUUCUGGACACCAACAACUGGGACACCGGGUUACUUUGUCCUGGAGUUUGGCCCGACAGCUUCCCUUCCGCAUUACUCUCCACCGAAGAUUCCUGUUUCUCAACUGUCCUCCGAGAUGGGCAGGUGUUGUCAUUUUGCCUCAACACUCUCAGCUUACAGGGUAAACGAAAUCGCCCACUAAGUCUGAGUGACCUGCAGAAGGCACUUCAGAGCACUGGCUUCUGUGAAGAUCAGGUCUUCUUGGAGGGAGGGGAAAGUGUGGAGCAAGAUAUGCUGCAGCUGAUGCCAACAGCAGUCAGACUUGUCACUGAGCGUGCUUCUCAUGGAGACUGGAUCAUGCGCAGUUCCUGGCUCUCACAUCUGGGAAAGAGCUACAGAUAUGCCCCAGCUCUGGCUUUGGUUCAAGUGGAAGCAGGAAACCGAGCUCUGAAGGCUGUUUUCAGUAGUGAACUUGCUGCUCAGGGCAAAUCCCUCGCUGAGCUUCUGCAGCCAAACAACAUCGAUGAGCACAAGAUUCUGGUGGACAUGCGAUGGAACAAGCAGUACUUGGACAUUUUAGCCAACAAGUGUAACUUUGAGGAUGAGAAAAGAUAUACGGAGUUUCUGGAGGCCCUGAAUGCAGUUGCCAACAGGAUCGCUCUUCUGAAGGACAGAGAAGAGAGAGCAGUAAUUUGCACCUGCACUGUCAACCUGUCUGCUCAUAACUGUGCCCUGAGAAUAGCCACAGCCUUCUCCAAAGGGACUGUGGACAUUGGUCACCUGGCUCAUCCAGUACUGAUACACCUCCACAGCUUCUUUGACCUGUGGGAUUCCUUCACGCUUCAGGCGGUGCACAGCGGGAAGGCUUACAUCCCAGACCACGUUAUGUUUGAGAUCUUGCGGCUCCUGCAGUGGCUUGAUCAUUUCUGGAAUGUUUGCAACAAGAUGCCAGCAGAUACUGAAGGGGUCGCUGUGAUGUCAAUGCACUGGCAGUGGGUGCAGAAGCACCUCAUCCUGCGUCUGCCCCUCCUCCUGCUGGGAGAUGCCGACGUCACACUAGAAUGCUACAAGGAGCUAAAGGCAGUUGUAGGAGCAAUUCAGACUCUUCUGUCCACUCCGGUGUCUGUGGCUUUGGCUCUGAAAGGCAUCCAGAGAACACUGGGAAAAUGUCUGCCGUUCAAGAUGGAGACUGUUGCGAAGUGUGCAUCUCAGCUCAGAGUUUUGAGUAAAGCCCUGGAUGUGAGAGAGCUCACAUUUGAUCACACAUUCAGUUCUUGGAAGCAGGAACUAGUCUGUCUUCAGGUUGCUGGACUUCGUGCGGACAUUAAGGAAAGUCUUCUUGAAGCCUGGGGACUUGUUCUGCUGGCGAACAACCAGCUGGAUACAGAAAAAUCUGCAAUAUUGGAGAGGUUGGCGUCAAGUGUGGAGCACCUGCAGCACCAGAUGUCUUCCAGUGGUCUCUCGGAGACCCGCAGCAUGUAUGAAGAGGCUGGACCAGCGGAAGGGUUCCCUCCGUCUCGACAAGAACUACAGCACCUAAUCCGCAGGGCUCAGUUGUGGCCCCUGAUGGAGGAAGCGGCUGUACUCAACCAGCUGAGGCUCAGCACAGAUAUAUUGCAGUUAUCUUUUUCACAUAGUGACCAAGAAGCAUUGGAAACCUUACGCCAAGAACUUUCCAGACAUAUUCGCUAUUGCCUCCAGUCCACGCCAAUGAGUGUCAGUCAACUUCGGCCACUCUGGUUCCUGCUCGGUCGUGAAAAGCAGCCAGCGGAGGAGCUUCAGUUUGUGUGGUGUGAGCUGCUGUCUGAAGCUUUGGCUGCUCUGUGGAGGACCGGCACCACAUCCGACCCUGACCAUUGGUUGAAAUGGAAUCCACUCAAUCCUGAGAAACAUCCUGAUUCGGAGGCAAAUUGCGAAGCCAAAAAUAUGGGACCAGCUUUGCUAAAUAAAGCUCUGUGGUCCCAUUGCACACUGGGGGUACUCACCGGCAGUGCGACUGGACGGCAGUGGGAACCAUCGGGGAGUGCACUCCUCUUUGUCUCACAUGUGACCCUAGGGGAGUGGAAGGAGCAGAUUCUGCAGCUCCAGGACUUGUCCGCAAUCUUGUGGGACAAUAUGGCUUUCCCAGCACUGGAAGACCUAAGAGGCACAGAUUUGAGGCUCCAGGGUGCCAUCCUACGUCGACAGUUACAGAGCAUGGCACACCUGUUACCUCUCAGUUUGCGGGAGCUUUAUAUGGAUAAGUGCAAGAACCUGGUUGAGGAAGCCAAACCACCGAUUGCCGCUCAGGAGAUCCAUCAAAUUCUCAGCGAUUUCAUUCCCCCGAAAUUGCUCCCUGACGGAGUGGUGGAUUCCUGUAUUGCCUGCCUGAAGCAAUAUGUUGAAAAUAGAACUGAAGGCACCAAGUCUGUGGCCGGCGCCGGUGUGUUCUGGGUCAACAUGGGGUUGCUCCAUAUCAAAUUAUGGGCACCGCAGACCAUCUUUGACCCAGCUGUCAAGAGGGCCUACAAACUCAACUAUGCCCAGCAGGAGUUGGCUCUUCUGCAGACCGAGUGGAAAGUGCGCAGCCUGUCCUCUGAGCUGAUGACUGGAGCAGAGUUGGAGGAGAGUCGUACCACUGAUGGCCUCCAGCAUCCUCGAAUCAGGUAUCUUUGGAUCUGUAUGCAGCAGGUCAAGGCACAAAUAGCCGAGCUCUCCAGGAAGCAGGCAUUUCGCCCCCAAGAAGCUCACUAUGGAAAGUUAUUCCAGGACCUCCAGCACUACCUGUGCAGCAUCAGCCAGGCAUCAGCUGUGCAAGACCUGCUCUCACACCUCCAAAGUGCUCUGCAGAGUUCCUCCUCGUUAUCCAGGUCAGCCAUCCGGGGUCUGCUGAAGGAGGAGACUGUGUGGCAGAAUUCUCAGCAGUGCUUCUGCCAGAGGCUGCAAGAGGACUAUCCUCUUUACCCCGAUGUUGUCAGGCCAAUGCAGGCUGGAAUCCUCCAGCUCCGAUAUGGCAUGAAGCUGGUGGCCGCCCGAGUAACUGACUCACUGUACCAUGUGCCUGAACUUGCCAAACUGGUGUCCUGCCUGCUUUCCUUUCCCUCCAUUUCUCCCAGUCUGCAAUCCUACCUAGCCCAGGCAGACUUCCUCUGCUCCAAAGAAAGCCUGGACAUUAUGAGUAGCCUUGGGCAGCGACUGUCACAACAAGACAUCAUUCAGUUGGACCUGCAACCCUCCACAUUGCUACUCAAUGCUCUGCUUUUUGUGCAGUGCCACACACUUGGCACAGGACAGUUCAGUGAUGCAACGCGAAAUAUCUUUAGGCACAUCUGUCAGGCUCUAGUGAAUGAGUGGGACGAGAUGGAGAAAAAGAAGAGAGACCGAGAACAGCAGGAGGCUUGUCUGUACCGCAGCCGCAGCAAGCUGCAUGGUACAGGACUGACUGAGGCGCAGCAAGAGGAGAAGGACUUCAGAUGUCAGUUCCCUCAGUUUGAAAAGGACUUUGCAGACAUGUGUCUGCCGAGCCUGGAGGGCCCCACAGAUGCACGCCUGGAAGACGGCGAUGCCGUGAAGGUGCUCGACGAAAGCCAUGUUCUGUCAACUACUGCAAUGAACACAUUAGUGCAAAUUCAUCAGCGCCUAUGUCGAGGUUUUGCCCAGUCAUUGUGGUACCAGAACAGAUCACCCAAAAGUCCAAGUACCGACUAUGUCAAGGCCCUGGUUUGCUCUUACCAAAUCGCUGCCCCCUUGAUUGCACACUUCUAUCAUCUGAUUGAUGCAGAACUAAACCAGCAGCUUGCAGGCAGUGAGCUGUUGCUGUCAACUCUCCUCCAGAACACAGUGCAAGGCUCACCAGGAUCUGAUAUGCUGGUUCUCACCUCAGAAGGGCCUUAUGACUUCUAUCAGCACCCCAAUAUAAUUGAGGCCCGCCUCUGUCUUCCUGUCCUGGAAGAGAUGUGGACUGCUGUAAAGCAGAGACUCGAGGACUGGCCAGAUCACCCAGUGCUUGUGCAGCUCGUUGUGGUGAUUGAGAGGAUCAUGACUUUCAGCUUGUCCAGUCCACUGGCAAAGUUCCUCAAUGGCCUGGAGAUACUACUGAGUAAAGCACAAGAUUGGGAGAAUAACGCCAGUCGUGCGGUCUCCCUGCAGAGCAAUAUGACGGCAAUUACACAGCUCAUUAUGAAGUGGCACAAACUGGAGCUAAAUUGUUGGUCAAGCAGUCUGGACAAUGCUGUGAAGCGUCAUACUGAGAAAUCCACUCACCACUGGUUCUCUAUUUACCAGCUCUUAGCAAAAUAUCUGGAGGAUCAGAUGAUGAAUGCCGAUACAGGUAAGGAGAUGGGAGGUAUCUCCUUGUCUUCAUUGUCCUCCACGCUCCAGGCCUUCGUGGAGUGUUCUAGCCUGGGCGAGUUCAAUACCCGGUUGGCCAUGUUACUCAGCUUUCACUGCCACCUCCUCCUGCUCCCUACUCAGCCUGGACAAGCUGCCUUGUCUCAUCUUCUGUGGAACCUGCACAAAUACUACAGCCAAUUUUCAGACUGCAUUCAGAACAAAGUUAGAGAGCUCAGACAACCGAUCGAGAAGGAUCUUAAGGAUUUUGUCAAGAUCUCGAAGUGGAAUGAUGUUAGUUUCUGGUCUAUCAAGCAGUCAGUGGAAAAGUCACAUCGGACCCUGUUCAAGUUUGUCAAGAAGUUUGAGGAUAUUCUCAAUGGUCCCUGUGUUGCUCUUCUGGUAGAACAGAAAAACACUGCCUUCCUCGAUAAUUCCGAUAUCAAUCCGAAGGAAACGCCCAUUCGCCGGAUUCGUCGGGCACUCAAGCGAGCUCUGCCGGGAAAGAACAGAGAACAGCCGAACAAGGGACAAGAUGAGGCGGUCGAAUUGGAAUCUCUGCAAGGACGUCUGCCUCUUCUGGCCAGAAAGAUGGAGAAAGUAUGUGCCCAACUCCUAAAGAAGCACCCAGCACUGGAGCUGACUGAAGAUCUGGAGUUCUUCGCUGGCGAAGUCCUCAGAAAUGUGCAUGACUUGCAGGGCCUCGCCAUUGACAUGUCUAUAGAAAAAGACAAACAGAUGGCUCAGGUGAAACACAUCCUGCAGCAAAAGCAGAGAGCUCUGUCGAGCCUCUUUAAAAUACUCACAGAAAUAGGUCUGUCGUACCGUAAAGGGUUGAUAUGGUGCAAGACCGCUGACCAAGAGGAAACCCUCUGCAUCCAGCCACUGGAUAUCAGCGCCGCUUUUUCUACUUUGGUGAACCUCGCGGCAACUGAGACCACGUUGAUGUCAGAGUUGCUCAGCGCGUGGGAUGGGUGUCAGCACUACUUUUACCGUUCAUGGGCGAGGAUUAAUGCCCUGCGGUUGGCGCUCCAGCAUGCGAAAAAAGAGCUGGGUCUGGGAAACAUCGAGCGGUGCAAAGGUUUCUCAUCUCAUCUCUUCAACCUGCUCCUCAGACAGAGGCAACGACUGGCCAAGCUGACUGAGCAGUGGGUCCGUUUCAGGAUGCUAACGAGCACCGUCCAAGAUAUCAAGGAUCAACUGCAAAGUCAAAGAGAAGACACAGACUGCACACUCCUGCCUCAGGCACCUCUGCAUGGUUGGGUCGACAAAGGGCAGGCUCUCGCUGCUCAGUUUUCGAUCCUCCUGCAGCAGCUGUCCUGGCUGCUGCAGUGCUGCCCCGAAGCCCUUCGGCCGCAGGAGGAGGAGAAUAGCCACUUCUGGCGGCGCUCUCUGAGAUGCACGUCUCCAAUGGCGGCUCACCGCCAGUCGCCCGUGUGCCAGAUGCGGAAAGGAGAUGCCGCCUGGGGGCAACUCAACCGGCGUGUAGCUGCAAUGCUGGAGAAAAUGCUGCACUUUAAGAGCGAGCUUCACAAAAUAGCACAGCAGAGCUCAGAGAGAGUACUUCUGACAUGGAAGCAUUUUGUUACGUGUUGUUCGGCAUUUGACCAGCUAGCAACGGCGGCGUCUCAGCUGUGUGAUAUCGAGCGGCUCUUCGCGCCAGCCACAUGCAUCGGCGGCAGAAACCUUACGCCGGCCGUCAUCCGGAGCCUGCGGUUUGUUCGGCAAGAGGCAAUGAACAACAUCGCUGAGUUUACCUUGUGGAAGACGCAGCAUCUCUCGGUCGGACAGCCUACCUCAGAUGACCUAUCUCCAUUCUGUUGCGAGUUUUCUGCUGAGCUGGAGGCCAACAUCAGCAGCUUGUUGUGUGCUGUCCAGACUCUUGUAAAGAGAAGGGAAAACAAUGACAACAAAGGUCCGAUAAGUGGAAAGGAAGAGGUCGGCGAAGAGCGCGUGAAAGACUUACUGAAGCCGGGACACUUGACCCAUCAGCUGGAGGAGGAGCUGGCUGCCGAUGUGGAGGCUCUGUGUGUGGGAGAUGUCAACGCCAGGCUGGAGAGGCUCCUGGGCUGCUUAGAAAUGCACACCAACUCCUCUCGGCCGCAGAAGCUCCGGGAGGUAAACCGAGCAUGCGGCAUGCUGGUGCGUGUGGAGCCGCUGCUGGGGAUUUACUCCGAUCUUGUUCGUUACUUUCUGUCUGUGUCAGUGGGAGUGCACAGGUGCACUGGCAAACUGUUAGCAGUAUUGGCUAACAUCUUCACUGAGCUCGCUCAGAAGGGGUUCUGCCUGCCUCAGGAGACGAAUGCUGGAGAAGGUGAAGGUGCCACUGAGUUUCAUGAUUAUGAGGGUGGUGGAAUUGGUCAAGGCGAGGGCACCAAGGAUGUCAGUGACACGAUUGAGAGUGAAGAUCAGGUGGAGGAUACCUUGGGGGAGGAUCAGGAGAAAGAACAUCAAGAUGACGAGAAAAUUCAAGCGGAAGACAAUGCUGUUGAGAUGUCCGAGGACUUUGAUGGCCCAACACAUGAUGGGGAUGAGCAGGAUGCUGAUGUGGAUGAGUUGGAUCAAGAGACUGAGCGCGAGUUGGAUCAAAAGAUGGGCGAUCUGGGCGACGGACAGACGAACACGCUCGAUGAGAGAAUGUGGGGAGAUGAUGAGGAGGAGGAGGACGACGAUGAUGAUGAUGAUGAUGAGGGAGCAAGUGACAGAGAGGAAGAGUCUGGCCAAGGCAUGGACCAGGGGGAAUCCGCAUUAGUUGCGAAAGAUGACAACGUGGAUGCUGCCGAGCCUCCCAAAAAUGAACGGGCCAGCGAUGACCAGAUGGAUGGUGAGGGGCAAGACGAAAUCAACGAACAAAGAGAUGAGAGGGAGUUUGACAAGAAUGAAGUGGACCCUUAUCAUGGCCAGCAGGAUAAGAGACCUGAACCCGAUGCUAUCAGUCUGCCUGAGGAUCUUAACCUGGACCAGGAUGAUGAGAUGGGAGACGAUAGAGAAGGCGAUGUAGAAAAUCCACUUGACAUCGAGGAGGAGGCCAUCAAUGCAGAUGGGGAUGAAGAUGGACCGAAGGAGGGAGAUGAGGAGGAGGAAGCCGAGCCAGUGGAGAAAGACGAGUCAAACCAAGAAGAUGACAACAGAGAACCGGAGCCCAAGACUGAAACGGAAGAGAGUGGACACGAAGUGACAACCGAAGAAUCCAAAAAAGAGGAGAAUCUGCCUGUUCCCAAAAAGGAAGGAACCAAUCCUAAAGAAGAGGAGUCUGAUGCUAUGGACGAUGUUGAGCAUCAGCCAGAGUCCGCUCAGAGAAAAGAACACAAAACUGAAGGGCAAACUGGAGAGCAGAAUUUCCAGAGUGAUACUGCUGUGGAGCUGGCUGGAGAGGCACCAGAAAGAGACGGAGCAAAAGAGGAGCAUGGGACUGGAGCAGCUGAUGCUAACGAAUCAGCAGGCCACCAGUCAAAGCUGACUGCAAGAAUGGCUUCGCAGACACAGACACAGAACAACACUCAGAGCUUCAAAAGAAAACCUGGACAAGCAGACAAUGAACGUUCAACAGGUGACGACAAUGAACUCGUUAACAAGCGUCUUCGUACGUUGGAGAGCACCCGCGACCGGACGCACGACAGCACGCGAGGUGAAAUCCGACAAGAGUCCGACCUGUACGAGCACAUCAAUGAAAAGGAUAUGGCCUACGAUAGCCAAACAUACGAUGUUGCCAACGCAAAUCAGGAGGCAGCAGGACCUCAACAGGUCAAGGAUGAAAAUCUGCAUGAGGAAGAUCUUUCAAUGGAAACAGAGGACUUUCAAGCUUCUGAGGUCCAGGAGCUGAAACAUAAGCAGCUGGAUGGAACAGAGACCCUGCAGCAGCAAGAGGCAGAGAACGUCGAGAUGCAUCCGCAGAGGCAAGAAAAUGAACGCAAUGAAUGGAAGGAUAGCAGGCAUCCCAGAGAUGGAGCGAAAGCAGAGAGAAAGUCACAAUCAAGCUUUCACACACUUCCUGAGCUGCUCAUAGACACAAUGCAGAAUUUAGAGAGCGACCCAGGGGACAUCAGGAGGGAGAUGGAGGUGCAGUUAUCGUUGUGGCACCAACUGACUCCAGGAACGCAGGAGGAGGAGAGUGCAGCGGCACACAUGUGGCACCAGUACCAGACAAUGACCGACCUUCUUUCCCAGCAACUGUCCGAGCAGCUACGCCUUAUUCUGGAGCCUACACAAGCGGCAAAGCUCAAAGGUGACUACCGCACAGGAAAGCGCCUCAACAUGAGAAAAGUGAUCCCGUACAUUGCCAGUCAGUUUCGCAAGGACAAGAUCUGGUUGAGGAGGACCAAGCCCAGCAAAAGAGAUUACCAGAUCUGCCUGGCUCUGGAUGACUCUUCCAGUAUGGGGGACAACCACUCAAAACAGCUGGCAUUUGAAUCCCUGUCAGUGAUCGUCAAAGCUCUCACUCUGCUGGAAGUUGGACAAGUGUCUGUUUACAGUUUUGGCGAGGAGGCGCAGCUUCUCCACCCGUUCCAGCAGCAAUUCAGUGACGAUUCCGGAGCUCGGAUUCUCCGAUUGUGUAAAUUCCAGCAGAAGAAGACCAGAAUAGCUCAGUUUCUAGAGAGUGCCACCGAGAUGUUUCUUGCAGCACGAAAGCAGAUUUUACGAUCGACAAAUUCAGAGACGGCCCAGCUGCUGAUCGUCGUCUCAGACGGUAGGGGGCUCUUCCUGGAAGGCAAAGACCGAGUGAUGGCAGCAAUACAAGCAGCACGCAGUGCAAAUGUCUUCCUCAUCUUUGUGGCGCUUGAUAAUCCCGACUCCCGUGACUCUAUCGUGGACAUCAAGGUGCCAGUAUUCCAAGGGCCGGGAGAACUCCCAGAGAUUCGCUCCUACAUGGAGGAGUUCCCGUUCCCCUUCUACGUCAUCCUGCGUGAUGUCAAUGCCUUACCAGAGACCCUGAGUGACGCACUGAGGCAGUGGUUUGAACUUGUCACAGCUGCUGCCAAGUGACAGUUUUUUUAUUUGUUUUGUUUUGAACAAAAGAAAUCAGACUGCAGUAACCAUGAAUGCAUCACUGGUUUGCAAAACGGACUUGCUGCUAUAAAGGUGUAUUUUCAUAAAUACUGUCAAUAUACUCAGAUUAUUGUAGCGUCGGAAAUGUGUCAUUCCAUUUUUUAUAUUACAUUUGUAAUCUAGCCAUGAUUGCAUUAACUUUCAUGUUGGAUAUGAAAUAGAAAUGUGACAUUUUUUUGCGUGAAACACUGUGGUGAAAUCAGUCACUACAUAUACUUGUGCUGUUUCCCAGUGUUUUUUUGAAGUGAAGAUAAUAAUAAACAUUCAUUGUGAACAUAAA